UGCUUUAGAUAUUAGGUGGGUGUGUCCUUACCUAGCUAGCUAGCUAGUAUGUGUAUGUCUUCUCGCUACUAAGAUGUCUCUGUUAAGUCCUCAGUCUGCAGACAACUCUCUAGAGGCCAAGGUGGUGGUCCUCGGCUCUCAAGGUGUAGGCAAGACAUGUCUUGUGUUGAGACAUGUGAGCAACACAUUCUCUCAGAGCGUGAGUCCCACCAUUGGAGCAAGCUUCUUCAACUUCUCCAUGACAGUGAACGGCUAUCGUAUCAAGCUACAGCUCUGGGACACUGCUGGGCAAGAGAGGUUUCGCUCCAUGGCUCCGAUGUACUAUCGCCGUGCCAACGCGGCUCUCAUAGUGUAUGACAUCACUCAAAAGAGAACAUUUGAUGAAGCCAAGGAAUGGGUCAGAGAGCUGGAAAGCAAGGUGGACUCAAAUCUUGCACUGUGUGUAGUGGGGAACAAGUGUGACCUGGCUGGUGAGAGAGAGGUGUCUAGAGAACAAGGACUGGACUUUGCUCAUCAGAUAGGAGCCAUGUUCACUGAGACCUCUGCUGCACAUAACAGUGGUGUGAAGGAGGCUUUCCUGAAAGUGGCGCAAGGUGUGAUAACGCUGCAUCAGCAUAACCAACUACAUAGAGAUGCUGUUGACAGCUUCACUCAAGGAACGGUCAGCAGAACAUUCAAUGCAGUGCCUCAAGAACCAACAGACAAUGUUCAUGUCCAUAGCAACCCCACACCCACUAAUGGCGGACUCUUGUCUAGAUGUUGUUCAUAGUCACCAUUUUAUUACCAUUAUUAUUAUGUGUGUUUGUGUGUCAGAUAUAAUAAUAAUUUAUUGUCAGAAUUGAGAUUGAGAAAUAAAAUAUACAAUUAUUAAGA